ACGUCUCGUAUUGCAGUCAUAUUUGAAGUUUCAGUGUGAUAGGUGAAUAUUUGUAUUUAUGCAGGAAAGAAAUAGACUUAAAAGAUUAAAACGGCGGGACGACAAGGGUAGCCUACUGUAAUACUAUGGUGUUCCCGGUUGAGCCACCGGGUCGUAAACAUUCGCUAUAGUACUGAGAUCAAUUUUGUUCCAUUACAGUAUUUAAAUAGUUUAGAUUGUAUCAUGUCAAAUGCUAUUCAUUUUAAAUAUAAUAAGGGUAUUGCCUUGCCGGGAACACAUAGCGUGACGGCAGUAGGCGGGCUGUUUCUUGUCGGAUUGCAAUAUUUGUAACCUCAUCCGGCGGUUCAAAAGUUAGCCCGACGCUAGCAGUGGUUUGUAGUGUCUUCAUCCUGUCGUGAUGCCUGCUGAAAAUCUGCGAUGGGAAACUUUACAGGCAUUAAAAAAUUCCCCGAAGGGAAAUAUCACAUUCGACCCAUACUGGUCGGAGAGGGGCGAGCCUAUUUUGGCAGGUUGCAAAGAGCCCCUCAGCCUGUCCCCGCACUCUGCGGUCAUACUGGAGCGUCUCUGCUCCUCCUUGCCCCUGCAGAAGUCCUGUUUCCUGGGCUCCAGCUCCGGACACUCCAGCCCCGGCCUCUCUGAGGAGAUCUCAGGCUCUCUGUCCUCCACAGGAUCCAUCGCCGACCUCAACACCAGGCACACCGCACUUUCUGCAGCCCCGUCUCUAAGGACUGAGCGUGAUCAGGCUGUUAGUGAUGAGGUGAACGAUGAAGAUCCAGAGGAAGAUGUCGGCGAAGUUUCCAGUCACGCAUCGCUACCUGCCAUUUCCCUGCUGUCGCCCAAAGCAAUGGAGACGGCGGGCCACAUUAUCAAAUUUGCGGCAGAACAACGAGAAAAGGCCAAGAUGGCGCUCAAACUGCGUCAGGAGAUGCAGGAGAAGCUGGUGGCGGCGGUGGCGAACUCUGAGUCAGAGCAGCUGAAACGCUUCGAGGAGUUCAUGGAGCUGAAGCAGAGGCAGGAGUUCCAGAGCAUGAGGGACAUGAUGGACAGAGAAACUAAAGAAAGCAUCGGGCGUCAGGAGAAGCUGAAGGAGGAGCAGCGGCACAGAAUGAAGAUCCUCAACCUGCGUCUGAGGGAGGCGGAGCAGCAGCGCCUACGGGAGGCGGAGCUCGAGCGUCAGCGGCAGUCGGACGGCAGGGAGCGUCUGCGUAACCUCAACACCAUCCAGGAGGAGAUCCUGCAGCUCAACCAGCUGCUGGAGCCGUCCACUCAGACCAAGACUGAGCUCCCAGCGGCCAGCCUCAGCUCCUACUGCACCCGCGGGAACCAGCUGUGCUCCCAGCUGUCAGAGGUGGUGCGCAAGACGGCAGAGGGAGAGUUCCCCAGCGCGGAGGACAUGACAAUGGCCGAGCGAGCUCUCCACGAGAUGAGGGCGCUGAUCCGGCUGAUGCAGGAGGAGGUGGCCAAGGCUCAAGAGAGGAAGAAGAAGGAGGAGGAGGAGGAAGUGCAGAGCAGGAAGCAGGCGGAGCUGCACGCGCAGCAGGAAGCGCAGAAGAAGGCGGCGGAGUCGGCCAAAGAGAAGGCGAAGAGGAAAGGGCUGCAGAACAGCGCGGAGGACAGCACGCGGAAGUGGUACAAGGAUCUGCAGGAGUCGGCCGCUCGAUGCGCUCAGUCCUUCGAACAGCUCAACUCUCCAAAAGACGUCCAGACUAAGAAGCUGAAGCUGGAGCUGCAGAAAGCUGCCUCCAUCCCCGUCAGUCAAAUUUCCAGCAACUCCGGAUCGCAGCUCAGAGAAAUCUUUGACAAGAUCAACAAGCUGCUGUCGGGACGGGGGCUGGUAUCGGGGGGGAAGUCUGUCUCUACCUCCCAGCAUCCCCAGGGCCUGGACUUUGUCAGCUACAAACUGGCUGAGAAGUUUGUGAAACAAGGAGAGGAGGAGGUGGCGUCUCACCACGAAGCUGCUUUCCCCAUCGCCGUGGUGGCCUCCGGCAUCUGGGAGCUGCACCCCCAGGUGGGCGAGCUCUUCCUCGCCCACCUGCACAAGAAAUGUCCGUACGCUGUCCCACAUUACCCUCCGAUGAAGGAAGGCACUACUGUGGAGGAUUACCAGAGGAUUCUUGGUUACCGCGUGGACGACUCCGGCGUGGAAGGUCAGGACAGUUUCCUGAAGAGGAUGUCUGGGAUGAUCCGUCUCUACGCCGCCGUCAUCCAGCUGAGGUGGCCCUACGGCGCCAAGCAGGGGUCUGCGCCUCACGGUCUGAACCACGGCUGGCGUUGGUUGGCUCAGAUGCUCAACAUGGAGCCUUUGGCUGACAUCACGGCGACGCUGCUGUUCGACUUUCUUGAGGUGUGUGGCCAUGCUUUGAUGAAGCAGUAUCAGAGCCAGUUCUGGAAGCUCAUCCUGCUUCUUCAAGAGGAAUACUUCCCGAGAAUUGAAGCGGUGACGAGCAGUGGACAGAUGGGCUCAGUCAUCAGACUCAAACAAUUUCUACACACGUCGCUGCAGAGCCGACAGAUCCGUCGUCCCAAAGGCGAGCUGAGCUCCACGUUCUGGUGCUCGUGAUGGAAGAGGAGGAGCCGCCAUGUUGGAUGUUGCAUGUUGCUGCGUGAAGGAGGCAGGAGAGGAGGGUGUGGUGCGAUGCGCCGGACUUUAGGAAGGAAACUGUAGUCUAUAAUCGGGGAGGAAAAGAUGAAACUGCUACUGGAGGAGCUUCUUUGGUCUUAUGAACUUUGUGUCGGUUGUAGGACGGCGGCCCAGUGGAGGCCAGGCUCAACUACAUUUUCUGGACGCAAUAUUUUCCAAAUUAAUUAAACAGCUUUGAACGUCUAACGCAAAAUAGAACAUCUGUUCAAAUAAGUUUUCAGAUUUGUGUUUGCAACAAAAGGUCCAGCAGUGAGAGCCAGUUCUCCAGUGUCAAAGAUUAUAAUGUUGAAGCUGUUUACACUAAAGAAAUCUCUAUUUUACUUACUGUUAUGAUUUGAAUUUUUAGCUAUUUAAGAUUUUUUUUUGUGUGUGCAACACAGGUGUGUGCAACACAGGUGUGUGGUCUGAUGAACUGUCAGUUAUUCAUUGUGAAGGUUUUCCCAAGAUUAGAAAUGUAAAGGUUUAUCUGCAGAAGUGCAUUAGUCAUGAUUUGAUCCUCAUGUUGACAAAUCUGAAGUAGAUUAUUAUACAAGUGUGUUGCCAGAAUGAUUGUCAUCUUAAACCAGAUUAAAUAAAACUGCAUCAGCAGUUCAUUGCAAGAUGUGUCAUCCUUUAGAUUUAUUUAUUCUCACUUUUGAAAUAUCUGAGAAUCCCUUUGUUCAUCUGAAUUUAAAAUGUUCUUGUACUUGCUACACUGAAUAUUUUCUAGAUCUCUACUCAUCACUAAAACAUAUACUGUACAGGGCAGGAAUAAAGAAUAUAUAAAGCAA